AAUUUUAGCAAAAUUCAUUUUCUUCUCCUUUUAAACCUGCAAAAAGCUGUCUUGAGAAAUAAGACAUCACCAAUUACCAGAAUUCAGAAUUCAGAUUAUGGAGAACCAGCAGGAUUUGCAAAGCUUCUCAGUUGUUUGGAGGGGACGAAAGCUUGUUGUUGAAAUGAAUCUAGGUGCCACUCUCAAGGAGUUAGGCGAUAAGUUGCAACGACUCACGCAUGUUGAGGCUGAUACUUUAAGGCUUCUCGUUCCUGUGGAGAAAAAUUCAAAGCUGCUGUAUCCUUUUUCUGAUGAGCAUUCUCACUUGAGCUUGGAGUCGGCAUCAAUUCUUAAGGGAAAAUCGAUUAGAAUGAUGGGAGUACCCAAAGAUGAGGUUGAUGAAGUCCUACAAAAUGCGAAGGCAGACCUGAGGAUAGCUGGGUUUGAUGAAGAAGAAAAGAGAUUGAAGCAGAGAAUUUACGGGAGAUCGUAUAACUCAACGAAACUUCCUCAAGGAAAUUAUAUCUUUUGUGAUUUUCGGACACUUAGCCUUCCUGGAGUAGUAUUGAACCCCCCUGCAUCGAAGGCACUAGAAUUGCUGCAUAAGCUUGCUUCAGAUCCGGGAAUUGUUGCAAUUAUGAAUAAGCAUCGUUGGAGGGUGGGAAUUUUGACUGAGAUGGCACCUGUUGGUUAUGUUGGAAUAAGUCCUGAGUGCAUCCUUGGUUUCAACAAGAAUCACGGAGAAGAGAUAUCACUUAGACUUCGAACUGAUGAUCUCAAGGGUUUCAGGAAAUAUGAAAAAAUUAAGAAGACUCUUUUGCAUGAGCUAGCACAUAUGGUGUUUUCCGAGCAUGAUUCGAAUUUCUUAGCUCUGGAUUCACAGCUUAACAAAGAAGCUGCUACUCUGGAUUGGACUAAAUCAAGGGGUCAUACUCUGAGUGGAGGUACCCUUUCGGAACAGUAUGACGAGGAGUUUGACACAAGCAGUAAUGUAAUUUCAUCGCACAAGCUUGGAGGGAGAGUUUCUGUUCUUCCUACUGCUCGUGCUGCUUCAGCGAAUGCAGCUUUUGCUCGUUUGGCCGACACAUCCACUCUACUUUCAGAAUCAUCUGGGGUACCUGAUCUUAAUAUCCACGAGAUUCAGAAUGAGUCUAAACCGGUUCCAGAUGACUCUGACGGAGAUGAAUGCAUGCAACUUGACCCUCCCCGGCAUGAACAAUCCAAUCCCACUGAUUCGGGGACUACUAGUCCCCGACCCAACCUUAAUGGAGAUUUUGGGAGAAGGCUCGCCAUACUAGAAUCUGAACUUGACAAUGCUGAAGCAGACCAAAAUCAUCCAAGAGAGCAAAACGCUGAGCCGCCUGAUCAAAGGGACUCGACUCCACUCCCAAGUAUAGAGUUACCAAGUCAUGUGAGUGGAACUCCUGGUGAGGCACAUCCAAGUGAUUCUCAUGUAGACGAGAUGCAAACAGAGCCUGAUUCUGGUGGGAUGCCACCAAGGAGCCACAGCACCGAACCUGAUCCAGAUGAUCCUGAGUUGCGGAUAAUUCAAGACCCUGUUACCGUGUUUUGUGGUCGUCUGCAAAGGGCUGUUCAGUCAUUGAGAAAUGAAACUACGCCCUCGGAGACUGACAGGGUCCUACAAACUUUAAUCAAGAUAGUCGGUAAUGUAAUGGAACACCCGAACGAUGUGAAGUUCAGAAAACUCAGAAAGGCUAAUCCAUUAAUCCAAAGAAAUAUUGUUACUUACAAAGCUGCUGUGGAAAUACUCAAACUAAUCGGCUUUCAUGAAGAAGUCAUCGUUGUCGAAUCAGGAAACACUGAACCUUAUUUCAUGCUAAAACGAAACGAUCCAGGCUUGUUGUGGCUUGCCAAAUCAUCCCUCAGCUCGUGCAUUUCAUAGAGACUCGAAGCUGCAACGGGGCUCAUUGGUCAUAUACAAACACAGAGAAUGGUUUGGUGUUGCAGGAUUUUUUCUUCUUUUAUGUAAUAUAUACAUUCUUACAACUGUAAUAACAUCACCAUUGUUAUAUUCAAGUGGUUUGUAAGAGUCACUUAGUUUAUAAUAUGAUGAUUUUAUAACUGAAUUCGAAAUAAAAAUGUGCACAUUCAUACUCGAUAAA